AUGUCUCGACAUAUACGUAACCUCAACAAUCCACCCGAAUAUUACAACAGUUUGACCGCAAAACAACAGCGGAAUUGGCGGAGAAACACACGAGAAAUUGGACGCAACGAACGACUGCGUGAGCAAUAUCCAUCAAUGCCAAUACCACCCACAGCAACAAUCAUCCACAUCCAUUACCUGCCACCAAUCAAGACACUAGAUGACUUGAUCGAGAAGGCAAAGAAUACCAAAAUUUUCACGAUCGAUACGGAAUCGGAAACGAUCAAUAGGGUGAACAAAGGUGCUCUAGUACAGAUACAAUUUUUACAACCAAGUCAAGCAUCAACAAUCAUGUUGAUCGAAAUGUUCCACCGCCCGGAUUGCAACAACUUAACGACACAAGAAAAAAACAAGGAAUUAUGUGAAAUCAUACUCAAUUGUGACAAGGACAUCAUCACAUGGGACCCGUUGGAAGACGAAUUCGACGAUUUCAAAUCGUAUGGUCUUUUCAAUCCGGUGACUGGCAUAACGAUCAAUCGAGUAACACGCAUCCUGCGAAGGAAAGUCGUGAUCGAAAAUAGCAGUCAAGUACCAUGUACGAGACGCCAGGAGGAACAAUAUUUAGCAACAGCGAAUAUCAAUGUGAUCACGCCUCACAUUUUAAUCCAAACGCUACUUGGUCACUACAAGACGCAGACACCUUACUAUGACCAACGAAUCGAAAAAGAAAAACGUCGAAUUAUGACUGACUACGCCGUGAAAGACUGCAUUGCGGUGACCAACCUGUAUUUCAUCAUGAAUCCAUCAACCACAUUCAACACGAAUCGAUAUGAAACACCAGUGACCGACGAACAUAGGAUGUACGUCGAUGAUAUCGUCGACAUACGUGAAAACUCACAACCCCAGACACCAGAACCACAACAAGAUCCGCCACGACCCGAAGAAACUGAAGAAGAACGAAAACAACGGGAGAAAGAAAAUCAAAAAAGAGAAAACGAGAAAUUCAAGGAGAAGAAACGAAACCGAUCGGAUUUCAAGCAUGAAAUUGUUCGGCCGAUCUAUUACCGUUAUGACUAUCGAAAGAUACGAGCGCAGCUACAAGCCGAUCAAGUCCACUACAGUCAUCAAAUACGAAUCAACGACGAACACGCCGAAGUGACGAUCAACUUCAAGUCCGAAGAAUUACGAGAAGACGGAAGAAGAAAGGCCCCGAUUAGCUAUUUCAUGGACGUUCAAUAUUAUAGAGGAUGA